CUCGACCGAAAAGGAUAUGGUGUAAGUUUCGAAAAUAGUGCAUUUAAGGCUAGUUGUAAGUAAGCAUGAGUAUUGGAUAGCGCUGUGACCACCACUCUGAAGAAUACUUACUAAUUGUUCGUUGAUGCUUGAAGAUAUAACUCCAGACAUUGAUGACGUAUUCUUCUUGAACAAGCAAUUUGUAGUCCUCCAACAAGCACAUCUACAUCAUAGCCGUCAAAAAUAUUAUGAAACCAGCUAUUCGAUGUUGAAAAAAUGUUGUCAUCGUCGUUGAAAGAGAGGUGCCGUGAAUUCUUCAUCCAGCUUGUCACGAGUGCGAGCCGCUACCGCUCGUCGACCGAAGAUGCCGAAGGACAGACUGAGAGGACAACGGCCUCCUCCAAUAUAAGAACCUCCGUCGACCGAAAUUGUGUCAUUAUAUGCGAUCAAGGGAGUCUUCGCGCACUCAAUUCCUUUUGCCGCCUUUCGGACCUCUACGAAUGUGGUGUGACAAGCGUGGAAGCACUAGAGCGCGAACGGCAGCCAUUGCCCACGUUAGACGCCAUCUACGUCUUCGAUCCAGAGGAUGCCGACGCACUGUCAAAAUUGAAAAACGUACUUUCUGUUUUUCUACUGGGGUCUUCUUAUACAUAGUUAUACAACAUAUAAUAAUUAGAAUAUUAAAUAGAAGUACUACUACUACUUCUACUAGGUGGAAGACAGAGGAUUUGGAAUAUUAUUUUUCAAUAGAUAUCGACUUUUUCGCUCCUGGUAUUAUACAAGGUAGCAGCGACUUCCCUUCAUCCCUUGACCACAAACUUCUGCCUAGCUCUACUAUCAUGGAGACAUAGGAUAGGGAUUGAGAUCGACUUUACAUGUUGUUGACUCUGCUACUCAACUUUCCACAAACGAUCCAGGAUUUUGAUGGCAAGCGCGUUCAACACGAGAAUAUCCAUCUUGUGUUGAGCCGACCCGCGGCGGAAAACGUUUUUCGCGAUUUCAGCACCAACGCAAAUCUAGCACCUCACAUCCGCUCCCUUCGGGAGGUCCCGAUUUUGCAAUUCCUCGUUUUCCAUCGAAACGUGUUCCAUUUUGACUUGUCUGGAGGCUUGCGGAACCCCAAACUCGAGAAAAGCCUGGCCGCAGCGGGCAGAGGCAAUCGGCACGAUGGCAGAGCCGCAGGAGGCGGGUCUCUGGAUCCGUACAGCAUUGCUGUUACUGUCGGCAAUGCGGUCACGUCUUCGUCCUAUGAGCAAAACAAGGACCAACAAACAGAAGAAGAAGGUCUGUUGACACGACGAUCGAUCAGUCUUUUGCCUGGAGUUUCGCAGUUUUAUCCGCGUUGCGCGGACUGGCGCUUCCAGCAGACCUUGAAAUCGUUGCACUCUCUCCUGAUGGUCAUUGGCGCACCGAGCAAUGUAGUUCUCAAGUACCAGCGAAAUUCAGUCGACAACGUAUGCGAGAUGCUGGCGAGAAGGCUGAGUCGGCAGAUCAACAACUCUGCAAAUCCAAGUGGAAACGUUAGUACUAGUGUUGCCGGAUUCGUCGGCUCCCGAGAUCAUCAUGAUAGGGGCAGAGCAGCAACAUCAGGUUCGUACCAGCGUGGCGGAAGCUCAGGUAGCAGAUCGGGCUCCCGCGGAAGAAACGCAUCAUCUGCAAGAACCGGUGGAGUCGCUAUGUCGAUUGGUGGACGAGCCUCUAAUGAUGGUGAAACCGUGGCCAUCAUCGUCGACCGCACUUACGAUCUAGCAGCCUGUCUAGUGCACGAAUACACGUACGAAGCGCUUGUAUACGACGUGCUCGACCUACCGCAUUACGGCCUCAAUGUCGAGACCGGCGUCAUAGUAUGAAAAAAGGGUUUCAUUUUCUUCAGAAUCAGAUUGUAGUAGUAAUAGUGGUCAGGGUAGCAAUCGUCGGGGCAAGCUGCCGCAUAGGUUCGAAUCACCACAAGUAGUAAUUGUAAUAGUAGUUGUACUCGUAGCCGUACUAGUUGUACCUCCCGUUCUUUGGACUAUUUAUUUUGUGAAAAAAGUUAAAGUUUUUGUUUUUCAGUUUCUUUUUACCUCCUUCAUGAGUAUCGCACUCGAAAAAUGUCGCCUCAAUGGGCGGUUCCAGUUCAUCGGGUGGAGAGCCGCAGAGCGAUGAGGUUUUGUCGGACGACCUGUGGGAGCAACUCGGAGGGGAGCAUUUUGUCGACGCCCAAGGCUACGUUUUUGCGGAGGCGGCAAAAUUGUCGGAGCAGUUUUCGGGAUUGAGCAAGCUAGAAAAGCAUGGUCUCUCAAACAUGACAACGGAAACUCUUGCGCAAAUGGUGCGGGAACGGCCACAGUAUCAAGAGCUCUUGCGUUUAAGGGUCGACGCAGUAAUUCAUAUCUACCGUGAUGUGCGUGUAUCUUGCUCUCCGUCUCCCUUCUUCGUAGCAUCUGAGAAGAUGAGCGUAGUGGACGUACUUAUAAUAUAAAUAUUUAUAAAUGGUGAUGAGUCCUACCACGUACUACGUUGUUCGUUUUCACCUCCACAAUCUUAGGCCUAUCCCAUGGCCAUGCAGCAAUAUACCUAUGAAUAUGAAUCAAUGUGUAUGUGACCGCUAAUGCGCAAGUAUCAUUUCCAUGUGGAUCUCUUCGAGAAAGCGGCACACCAGCUGAACGAUGACAAGAUGAUGGGAAACAAAAUCGAUCUCUGUGUGUUUGAGCAGGAUCUCGCAUGUGGCGUAGACCGAGAAGGAAGAGAAAUGAAAACCAUUCGCUACGUCUCAGUGUUGACUCAGCUUUUGACAGAUCCCGGUUUGGAUCUGUGUCCGGAAGUGAAGCUUCGACUCUUGUUGCUAUACUUCUCGGUUAUCGGAAAUGUACCAGACUCGGGGAGAAGGCAACUGAUGGAAGCUGCGCGUCUAAGGGACACUGAGCAGCGCUGCAUUCUCAACUUACUGGAAAUGACGCGGAACCAGAAUCAGCAGUUAUCAAACCAAGGAGCAGGCGCAGGAGGAGGAGCAGUGGUAUGAAGAGAGUUUAGACAUACAAGCACGCACUAGCAGGAAACAAGCAAGAUUACCUCCCUUGUACUAGAGCAGCACGCUAAGGACUCCUUAGCCUGGAAAUUCUGAACCCUCAGAGGAAACAGCUGUUCUCUUUUAGAGCUUGCAACUUCUACAUCCUAAACCGACACUUUCACUUAACAUCAACAAUAAGGCGUCCACAGAGAUGCUACUACAUCAUCAUCAAAAAUUGGAAGUAUGAAACCCAAGUUGAUCCACCUUUGUUCAGUGUAUUACAGGAGUAAAGUUAGUACACUCAGAAGAUGAAGAGCAUCGAAAUCGAUUUUAUUCUUUUGUUGAUGGUGUUCAUCUUCGUCUUGGCUUCAUAUUUGAUGACUUCGCCCCCUUCAUCAAUUUCGACCUCGUUGAUGGGUAAAAUGGCGAGUCGUGGUGCCGUAGUUAUGCCCGCCGCCAAAGGUCGGGACAACGCGCCUUUUCACCGCGCCACGCCCAAGGAGAUCAAGAAAUUUCGGCAAAUUGCGAAGUCUGCACGCUUCGACAUGUCUCGCUUUGAACCUAAGGUUCGCGAGCUCUGCGAAGGUCUCAUUACCGCAGGAGUUAAGGCUACCGCUGAAGCAUCCUCUUUCAACAUCAUCCUUGGCCCUUUUUUUUUACUUGAAAAACGCGCCAAGGACGCGCACUCAGGGCGGAUGCUACCGCGGCAGUUCCAAAGGAGGCUCUCUUCCGGAGACUGAGUUCGGAUCGAUUCAGUGCGGCAGCGGUGGCGGUGUCAGCAGCGGCCCCUCAGCAACUGUAGGCGCAGCUCUCGAGCAAGUGGAUCUCAGCAGUUGGGAUUUUUCGAGGGCAGACCAAAGUGGAGAUCGUGGCUCUACUGGUCAAGGUGCUGGCAGCACAGCUUCUAAUAGUAAGUUAAGAGUAACAAGUAAGUAUAUAAGUAACAAUAUGCAGCUUUUGGUGUUUGGUGUUUCUGCUACAGUUGGUUUUGCUUCUCUUAAGGGAGAGACGCCAAAUUAUUGCUCUUGGUGUUUCUGCUACAGUUGGUUUUGCUUCUCUUAAGGGAGUGGCGGGAGAGACCCAUAAGCAUAACUAACGAGGUAGAUGUAGACGAUCUAGCACCAGAGCCCGAUCUCUAAGUAAGCAGGGACUUCCGCCUCAUCUAGGAGGAGCUGGAGCACUGCAGCCAGGUGGGGCCGCGUCAUCCCCUGGAACUACGAGAGCAAGAGAAAAGAAAAUGCAGCUCGUUCUGUUCGUCCUUGGUGGCAUUUGCCUCAGCGAGGUCCGUGAAUUGGAAGCAUUAGAGCGCAAGUAUGGUGGUACAGUGAGCAUUCUAGUAGGGGGAAGCCAACUCUUGACGCCCAAGAAAAUGCUAGAAUUCCUCAAAGACGAUUACGCAGAUCUGCACCGGGGUGGCGGGGAUGGAAGCAUGUUCUGAGCAUAAAUUUAUAUUAUAAGUACAUGAUCAUUAUGUGGACUGGGGUAUCCUGCUUUCUGAUGAAGUAGACACCAGGAGGACACCAGUUCUGGAGUGUUUUGAUUUUUCUUUCAUCGAUCAGUGCAUUUGUUCUAGUUCUUCUCCUUCUUAUUUUGAGUGUAUGUGUAUCUAUGAGCAGGACCUCGUCUUCCUGUUGAUUCUCUGAGGUGUAUAUUAGGCACCCAGUAGAAAAAUGGCUCGGAUCGUCGCCGGGGAAAGGUCUCAACCCUGUUGGGGCCUUUUGUAGGCACAGUCGGCGGGCAUUACGCAUCCCUUUGCAGGAGAAAUUGUUGCUUCUGGCGGGGUUCAUCCGAUAAGAUCCAUCAUUGUUCUACUUAUGAGCCGUUGAUUAAGUUGCCCGUGGGGUUUCGGCUCUAGCUUUUCUGCGGCGAUGGCCGUUGUGCUUCAUCGUCUAGUAUUUUUAGCUGCCUGGCCGUUGUGCUUCAGGAUUCUCGCAGGGUAAUUAAAUGUUCUUAUUGCGAGGAAUAUAGACCCAGGUCCCAAAAAAAAAACAGUUGUCAGUGACAGCGUGAAUGAAUGAGUGAAACCUUGUUGAUACCUUGCUGGGUGGUGAUGCACCCUCGUUCAU